CAUCAAAGCCUCUCCAAGGACGCUGAGGCUGGGAAGCUAUCUUGGCAGUUGGCUUUCCCUUCAGGAACGCAGGGCUUGCGUAUAAAACAACUUUUCCAUAGCUCACCCACCCCAAAACAAGCGCCUGACACUGCUGUGACUAGCAGGACAUGGAUGAGCAGACUGGUCUUUGGCUGUUGCUACUACUGCAGGUGACUGUGGUCUCAGGGGCACUUAGUACUGCAGAGAGAGAGCUGGAUGCGAACCCGGACCUCCUACCAGCCCAGCUACGACCAGCCCAUUCAGGAGAAAAUGGAGGUGAAGGAGAGAGCAACAAAGGACACGUGCCCUAUGGACGGCCCCUUGCGUCUGUUCUCGCUCCCUUGCAGUGUCUCAUGGGAGAUGCUCUGUGUCUCAAUGAGCAACAACAUCACACUGAUGCACUGGGUGACUUCCUGCUCGCCCUGCGCGAUGCCCGGAGCAAGGAGCCGGAGCCGGGGAAGGAGGAAUUUUCUCAAUUUGGAAUGUGUUCCCAUUUUGAUGGCGUACAGCGUUCCCAGUUUCCGUCACUGUUCAUGCUAAGUAAGAAGGAGCACAAGGAAAAUCGUAGGCUGGGAUUUUUGCACACUAAAAAAGAGCAUUGGGAGGUUGAUGAGGAUGGGGACUUCACACUAACUCUCCACCUAGCAAAACAUCACAAGGACUACCAAGCCACUCUGGAUUCCACCCUUCUUCUCUUCUUUGUGGGCCGCAUUAAUGUGGGAGAGUUUAACCUAAAAUUCAGCAGUCCCGCCCUACAGCCAAACAAGCAGACGGUGUGUGUUUCUACAAGUGCACAGUUCCUGGUUCUGACAGGUGGCCAGGCAACAGGCUUCAGUCAUGACCAUGUAAAACUGAAGAUUGUAGUGGAGCCUCAGAAUGGUAAUGAACAAAAAAUGGGCUUGUCUGAGCUUCAAACAUUCAUGGUGAGAAAGAACAGGUCUGACAUUAAACUUGGUCCAGUGGUUCUUUUCUUUCAACACGCAACCAACAGUGAAGGAGCACAGCAUUCAAGUGGAACGUUCCACUUCCUGAGUGAGCUACAGAAGUUCUUAAAUGAAGUCCUCGCUCAGAGAAAUCCUCCACGGCCACAGGAUGUGUCUACUCCAGCUGCCUGGGGCGUCCUUCACUCUCUGCCUCCUCUAACUCUUGGAGCGUCUACGAGCGAGUCUCUUCUUCUCGAGCUGGUCAACUCCUCCGGCCCAACCAUGUUCUCCUUCCCCCAGCAGGGUGUGGGGCUUUGGACCCACCGGGUGGAGUUGGACCUAAGCCUGUCGUUGCUCUCCCUGCUCAGAUUGCGUCUAGAUGAGGCUUUAGCCCAGGUGCGGCUGGAGAAAGCUGAGCGGAGUGUGAUGGACAGGCUGCAGACUCUCACGAAACUAACUGCUUUUCCUGACAACAGAGGAGGAGCUGAAACAGGGUUGGGAAACCCCAGUGAAGUCCCGUACAGGGCCCUGUUGCUGCUCAAGGCCUUACAGGCAGUGCUGGGCACCUGGGCAGUGGAGAGGGCACAGCGGGCAGCCCGGGCUGGUCAGGAUGCCCCAACAGGGCCCAGUCAAUGUCGCCUGCAGAGCCUCACCGUGAACCUGGAGAGGUACUUUUUAGAACCUCGCAUGGCUAACAUCAACAACUGCGAAGGAGCAUGCGGUUUCCCAUUGAUCAACGAAAACAAUCACGCCAUGCUGCUCAACGCUCAGGUGCAGAGCGGCCAGCCUCUGAGCCGCAGACUCUGCUGUGUGCCUGUGGAUUACGAGGACCUGUGCGUGAUCGAGCUGGACAGUGAAGGAACCCUCAUCACUUACAAGACCAACAUGGUGGCCAAGAGGUGCGGGUGCCGUUGACGGUGUGGUUACUGUAGAACUGUAUUAUAUAUACACAUAUGUUCUUUUAGAACCACAGAUCAGCCUGUGUUGUGUUUGUGCAUUUUUCUUGUAACCGAAUGCAACAUGCUGGAGUGUGAUGUUGCAUGCAGCAUAUGCUGCGUGUGUCAAUAAGGAUGUAGUCUCACAACCCCGCAAAAAAAAAAAAUCAACAUUCAUGCAUAGUCCUUGUUUGUACCAGUGGUCCCAUUUAAUGCAAAGGAUGACAGGUUAUUCACCAUGUAGUGUCUGUGAUUCUCUUCCUUAGAAAGUGAAUAAAUAAAGAUACACAUCCAGCAAUUUUACGUGAAGUUUAUGAUGUAGACACCCAUAAAGACUCUUAGUUAGGCUUUUCAAAAGGUUUGACUAAUAUCACACAUUCUUAGGCCACAUAUCAAAUCGGCUAAGCAAGUCUACCGUGAGACGCCAUAAAAGUCAUACGUUUAUGUUAAGCUCAUUCAUUUCAACUGUAAAUAUUUUAUGCUUCUAAUGUGUUUGUGUUUGGAUGAAAACCCUUAUAGCAUCGAAGCUGUGUUGUCAGCAUUUGUUUUUUUUUUCAAAUUUUGUCUAUUUGAAUAUAAUAAAUUCAUAAAGCCUGC